AUGAACUCUAUCCAAUUUCACAUUUUCAUACGUAUUAUAUUUAUCGUCGCUUCGAGCGCGGCAGUGGCUACAUUCGAUCGUAACGCUAGCCAUCCUUACAUUGUGAAGAAGACUUGGGUGGAGAAUUUCGUCAGAUUUCAAUACGUUUUCGAAAGAAAGGGAGCAAAAGCAAAGAUUAUCCCACUAGGUUGCGUGCCAACUAACCGAGAUGAUGGCUUCCUCUUGGAAGUUGGUGAACGAUUUAUUGGAACAGAUUUCGUGUUUGCAUGUGAAGAAAGUGAAGAUGGUGUUAUAAGCUACGAUGCAGUUGCGUGCGUUGACAUGUUGGGCAAAGAAAUGAUGCUGGGUGAAAUGCGUAAACUCGCCAAUGGCACCGUCGUUCUUCAUUGCAAUAUCUACGGUGGAGCACUGAAAAAAGUUGUUGAACGAGCGGCUGGUUGCUUUUUCAACGAAACUAUCUAUGGCGAAGAUGAAAUUUCACGACUGACAGGUCGCCUCAUGGAAUGCUUUCGUCCACAUCACAGUUACUAUGAAAGCCACGUAAUCGGCUGUGCAAUUGGUCGUAUUGGCGUACGUUUCGAGGAAUUCGUCGAGUUAGAUCGAGGUGUCUUCGCUCAAUGUGAGCAGGACGACACAGGAAACGUCAGACUUCGACCUGUGCAACUAGAUGAUCUGUCAUGUACGUAUAAAAAUCAGUCCCAUGCCCAUCUUAGCACGUGGACCGACAACGAGCGUGCUGCCCGGAUGACAUGCAGCUAUGGAAGCCCACAAAAAACAGGUUGUUCCUUCAACGGUUUGUUAUUUGACAUUGGUCAGGAGCUGCCGUUGUCAAAUGGCUGCAUCUUUUUGUGCCAUCCUCAAAGCAACGUCUAUGUAUGCGAUCAGCGGUUAGGCAACUGGACAGUAAAUGAGCACCGAGGUUUACAAAGAACUAGUGGGAAAGAGUUUUCUCUAUUUAAUCUGUAA